GCGGCAAGGAUUCCUUUUAUUAUUAAUGAGCCGACUGAAUGCGAGAAGCCAGGGCGGUCCUGUCCACUGCAUUGACAACCUUUCAUUGACAGCGAUUAAAUCUACACUGUUGUCAUCGUUACCAUAGAAGACUACCACGACUAUCGUUGAGUAGGAUUACUGCCGAACUUUCAGCCCGCACUGUUACGGUUUCAACAUGCCCAACCGGCAGUGCCCCAAGAGGCUAUGGGUUGCCUUUUAUUGACGUUAUAGCCUGCUUUUUCCAUCUGGAAAUUACUUGGCAGGGGAAAGCAGACAGGCCAAGCUAGCGUUAGCCUUCUCCGUGCUGCAGUCCUGGGCUUUUACAUGGCUUACUGUUGAAAUUGUUGUGCAACUAUUCCUUCCUGGACAUCUCAAAACCAAGAAGUAUUUUAUGGGAUUCACUUCGGCGAAGGAGAAGCGUGCCUAAGCUAAAAUGGUGAACUGGAGGCGGCUACUACGAAUGUCCAACCGAUCGUUACUGGCCUUCAUAUUCGUCUUCUCCAUGUCCACCACUUGUCUCUACUUCAUUUAUGUGGCUCCUGGAAUAGCCAACACAUACUUCUUCAUGGUGCAGGCUCAGGGCAUCAUGUUGAGGGACAAUGUAAGGACCAUUGGCCAGAUGAUUCGAGUGUACACCAAUACGAACAGUACAGUCAAUGGGACAGACUAUCCUGAUGGCAGUAACUCCAGUGAAUACCUGGUCCAGCCAACUUCAUAUCUUCCCGAGAACUUCACCUAUACCAAUUACCUUCCCUGCCCUGAGCGAUUGCCUUCUAUGAACGGCCUAAUGGAAGUGAACAUGACAGAGAUCCCUAUGGAGGCUUUAGAACUAAAGUUCUCCAAGUUUUUUGACAUUGAAUUCGGAGGGCGUUGGAAACCAAAGGACUGCAGACCUCACUGGAAGGUAGCCAUCCUAAUUCCAUUUAGAAACCGCCAUGAACAUCUCCCCAUUCUCUUCCACCACCUCAUCCCAAUGCUGCAGAGACAGCGGCUGCAGUUUGCCUUCUACGUCAUUGAACAGAGUGGGAGCCAACCCUUUAAUAGAGCUAUGCUCUUUAACGUGGGAUUCCUAGAGGCAAUGAAGGACGUGGAGUGGGACUGCUUUAUCUUUCACGAUGUUGACCACAUCCCUGUGAACGAUCGAAACUAUUACGGCUGUGGUCAGAUGCCACGCCACUUUGCUGCCAAGCUGGACAAAUACAUGUACAUUCUUCCAUACAGUGAAUUCUUUGGUGGUGUGAGUGGACUCACUGUGGACCAGUUCCGCAAGAUUAAUGGCUUUCCCAAUGCCUUCUGGGGCUGGGGAGGAGAAGAUGAUGACUUGUGGAACAGGGUUCACUAUUCAGGUUUCAAUGUCACACGUCCAGAUGGAGAGAUUGGCAAGUACAAGUCUAUUCCUCAUCACCACAGGGGAGAGGUGCAGUUCCUUGGCAGGUAUAAACUGCUGAGGUAUUCCAAAGAGCGGCAACACUUAGACGGCCUCAACAAUCUUCAUUACAGCCCCCACAUCUCCCUCAGCAGCCUCUACAAGAACAUCACGGUCGACCUGAACCCUGAGCUUGUCCCUAUCCAAGACUACUGAAUUGCCCCGCCCAGCCCUACUCCACACCCCAACCUGCCCAGCUCAAGUCUGGCCUCCUAGCACCAGGGGGGACAUAGGCAGGGAGGGGUGAGGAGAUGCAUCAUGUAGUGCGGCCAAAAUACCUAGUAAGAAAACUGGAAAAAAGGAGAGGUAGUAGCAAGUCUCUCAAAGUUUGUUUCUGUUUUUGUGCGUGUGCGAGUGCAUGUCUGAGUGCAUGUCUUUUUGUCAAUAUUGGCUGAACCGUACAAGUUGGUCUAGGUUAGGGAGAGAGGCAGCAACUCAGCUCUUGAUGUUUACUGCAGAGCCUUAAUGUGGCAAAACCACAGCUCCCUCUGGGUGGCUCAGCACUGCUUCACUUCUUAUGUAUUAAAGUCACCAUACAAGCCAAAAGACAGGUUUUUGUCUCACUUUCUUUUCAUUUCAUGUUGUUAGGCAAACAUAGUCCUUUUUAAGAUGAAGGAUCAGAGCAAAGUCAUCUUUAAUAUUUGCAAUUUGUGUUUUUUAUUUCGAUCUAUACUAUUUUCUCUGAUUCAGGAUGUUUGAAAAUGUCGUCUACGUCAAUCAAUGUAAUUUGCUGUUUUGCUGCACUGCUGUUGAAUCCGCAUGAACAUGUAUGUUAAUAGUAGCCUCUUAAAGCUUGAACACAGCACACAAUAUGUUAAUGUGGGCCUUUAAAUGCUCAGGCAUAUUUCAAUGAUAUUCCAGUGGAUUGAAUUUUAUUUCGGCAGCUACCUUCUUUCUGAGUAGUGAGUGUUUUUUUCCUAGUAGAAAGGUAUCCAAAUCUUCUGAUUCAACAAUAUAUAUCGCAUGCCUUAUUUACUUUGUUUACAAAAUUGUGCUCAUUUCAAACUACACAUUAUUUCCUCAGCUGGAGAUGUGUAUAUUUGUGUAUAUUAUUUUGCUUUUUUCCCCCCUUGAGUUGCACUUUGUGAAAAAGUAAAGCUGCUCCUUAAUGGGAGAUCCUGACUUAGUCUCUCCUCCAUUACUUUUUACAGGGAGCAGGGUUAGCGAUCAAAGCACAAGUGUGUCCACACAACAUUCUUUACUGCAGGUUUAUGGUCCUAGGUGUGUGUUAAUAUAUAUUUUUCUGUCUCAGAUGUAUUAUUAUUUUUACAAAUAAUUUUGUAAUAAUUUUGUGCUGGACAACGUUAAAAGCUCCUCCUUGUACUCUACCAAGAACUGAGCAUGCAAUUUGAGGCUAGCCCGUGUGUCUGGUCUGUGGCGUUACCUUGUUUUGCUAAGCUCAUGUAGUAAAAUAUUUUCAUACUUGAUUGAUGGAAAUCCUCUUAAAUGAUUGAAAUAUCCUCAGUACCACAAUAGCUGAAUGACAAUGGGAAAAUGAUAGGGAAGGAACUUCAAGCCUAAAAGAAUAUCUGGUUGAACUGAACAGGGGUAAAUGUGUCGCCUCACCCGCACCUUUUUAAGUAAGUGUAAUUGAACACUUUUAGCAAUCUCAAAGCUGCAGCAACUAGCAUCUGCAUUAACCCCCCACCACACCUAGAGUGGAGGAGGCCAGAUUAAUGAAAUAAUCCCCCCCUCGCCCCUCAAGUCCGAUGAUCCUUUAAUUUCAUUGGAUUUCAUGAGUUUAAAUGGACAUUUAAUUCUCUUCGGAAGAUUGACUUUGUUCUGUUUGCAUUACAUUUUUGGUUUAAAUUAUGAAACAGUUCUUUGAUCAGUCUAUUAAUUGAAUCAAUCUAAUCAUACAUGCACAAAAUGUACUGAGCCCACCUCAAAUGUUUAUAUAUCUUUUAUGUAAAUGUAUUGCCUUUUGGCUGUUGGUCAGACACAAAAGUAAUUUGAAGAAAUCACUUUGGAAAAUUGGGAUUGGCAAAAUAAUUGACUGUACAAAAUUAUCAGCAGAUAGAGUAAUAUAAAUGUAAUGUUUUCUUUUUAAGUAGCAAAGCUGUGAUUGAGCUCACUGUGUAACAAGACAAGUGUCAUAACCAGAAGUAUUAAGUUUGCACCCCUUUUCACAGAACAGGUUUGGUUAUGCCUCUCCAAAUGUCAUUUGGAGUUGCGUAUAUUUUGAAGUCUUAAACAGGCAGAAAUUGUGUAAAAAGAGUUGAGAAGCUUUGUAGAAUAGAUAAUAGAUAGGUAAAGGUAAAUAUUUAAUAUCUCUAAAGGUAGAUAUUAAAUAUCUACCUUCAGUUUAAAAUGUAUUGUUUUUUAUAUUUGAAAGCACCACCAAACCGAUACUUCAAACUUUUUAAGAAUUGCUGUCUUAAUAUCAAAGUGGACAUCGCUUGUCAAUCCUAUCCCAACGUUACUUUCCUUUCCUAAAAUUCUUGAUGCAGCCAUGAUUGUAGUAUAUGGAUCAGAUUAGACUGAAAAGCUGAUUCUGAUUCUCCUUACUAAUUCUGGUUCUUAUGGGUUACAACUUUUAAAUACAAAAUGUUUGCAUCAAAGAGGCUGAAUGCACAUUAAUAAAAGAAUUGCCACUUC